AUGCUAUCAUCAUUGCUCCAAGAUAAAUACGAUCGCCAUGAACUCAAUGAUCUCUUUUUCGAAGAACUGGCCAAUUUGAGAUACGGAGAUACUGCUGACGAAAAACAAAAAUAUGAUCAAAUUGGAGAGAAGUUCGAGUUUUGGAAAUCCUUGUCAGGUGCGCAAAAAAGGAGUUGUGUCGUUGAUCCUGGGAAAACAAUCAGAAACAAGAAAUGGGAUGUUGCCAAUGGAAUCACUAUCUCCGACCGUCUCUUAAACUCGUCUGAGGCCGACACAACCCGCGGGGAAACUAUCGAAAAGCCCCUGUCAGAUGCAUUCGCGAUGUUCCCAUUGUCCUUCGAUAAAUUCCACAAUGCCACACAAAGCGUACCCGAAUCUGAUCUUUUCAUCAGAGGAUGGUUCGAAAGAAAACACGCUGAACUACUAAACACAUUUGGAAAUCAAAAAACAUCGCAAGAGGGAACAAGUGGUUCAGACGAAGUAAAGAUAACAUACUGGCGAACUCCUCACGGAUAUUCAAGCGACAACGAUACAUUUUGGAGAGUCGAUAUAUGUGAAAAAAUCCAUAAAAUCCAGUCAACACAAAAAGCUCAAAGUCUUGCUGCCAAGACAAGAAUAAUAUACUCGCAUAUCUCUCCUAACGAAUCUCCGAGAAACAUUCCACCACUCUCUGCAAUGGACCUGUGCGGCGAGAUUCAUUCACCACAACAAUCGCCAUGUGUGGUCCCCAAAGGAAAAGUAAGACACUCAACCCCAGAACAUAUUUGUAACACUCGCAUAUCUCAGGGACAUCCAGCGGCGAGUCUCGUAAAUGAAGUUCAAAAGAGAAGACAUCAGAUAUUGAAUGGGAUUAAUCCGAUAGAUAUGGAAGCUUUUGAAAAACAUUUUGAGGCAUUGCAACAAAAAAGAAUGGCUGGACAUGUUUCUGGAAACGUUCUAAGCACCAAUUCCUCGACGAGUUCUACAGGAGAUGUUCUACAAUAUCCAAGCUCUGAAGUUCCCGAUUCCUUCUCCACUGAUCCAACAACCCUUGGACACAACCAACCGUCAACCAGCGCACAGGUUCGAAGAGAUUUGCCUAGGUCGAGAACUAUGCUCGAGGAGCUCCUGUCGGGGAACAAUACUUCGUCCUUAUUGAUUCAGAAUCUAGUAGACGUCGACCAAGUCUCCAUGGGGAAUCAGGAGACUCAACAAGUGUCUGUUUCCAAUGAUGAAUUAUCCUGCUCAGAAAUAUUGCUCGAUGAUGUACCAUCCUGCUCAGAAAUAUUGCACAAUAUGUCGUCCUCGUCGAUUCAAAACCCAAUAGAUGCCAUCCAAGUCUCCGUCGAGAACCAAGAGACCAAAAAAACGUCUGUCUCUGAUGAUGGACAAUCCAGCCCAGAAAUAUUGCUUCUCAACAUCACUCAUCCCGCCACCAAUAGAAAACGAUCAAAAUUACAGAGUCACAGAGCAGCCCCCAAACCAAAAGUCCCAGCCACAACUUUCGAUUCAGCUCGCACACCUGAAAUUCAAGAUUCUGUUCGCUCGGAAAACUCCGGAGUGGGUGUUAGGAGAUCCGAGUCUAGACUUGGAACAAAUGCUCAACAAAGCUUUCCGAGAAGAAUCGAAAAACCUGCUAGAAGAAAUGUCGUGGAAGAUGCUGGAGUAGGAGACGAUUUUGUGAUGCACACCUCAUUCGAAAUCGAGUAUGACGGCCCACAGGUUCCCGCAACGUCUUCGAAUCCUGCACACGCAUAUGAGUCAUCUUUCAACAGUAUCGAUGAAAGUAUUGAUAUAAUCGCCAGAGGUGAAGAUAAAAAAGAUCCGGAGAGGAAUUGGUCGAGACAAAAACGACAAGGCAUGGCAAGGAGAAGAAAGAGACUCGCUCAAUCUGCGAAUGAAGUUGGAAUUGAAACCGGCAAUGUUUUUGGAGAUGUUUCAAGAACCGUUUCAACAGCGAAUUCCAGAAUCCAACAAGCCGAAAAUAUUUCCCACACAUUUCAGCCCCAGACAGCUUCCACAGGCUCAAGAGGUCUUCUAGCUGAAAUCCUAGCGAAGAAGACGUUGCCAACAAUUGCGGAAACCGUUUAUCUGGGUGCAGGACAAAUCUGGAAUCAAGAUUCUUCGUGGAAUGCAUCAGCUUCAACAGUCAGCUGCCCUCCCUCAUCUUCGAAUUCCGUCUACACAGAUGAGAUUCUAGAAUAUGUUCCUCUAGAAGGUGAAGGAAUUGAUACGAGAAACGGGAUGGAUUCAAGAAGAUCAGAAUCCAGUACUGGUACAACUGCUCAAAGAAACUCCCCAAGCAGAGUCGAGGAGUCUUUUGGAGAAAAUGCUACAGUUGUUGAAGGUUUUGGAGUAGGAAACAACUUUGCGUUGAACACCCCGAGUUAUCCAAUUGGAGUCGAUUUUGACUUCCAGAGAGCUCUUCGCUCUUUGCCGGAUUAUUCCAACAUGUUGCCACCAACCGGUUUUGGAAAAUACCAACCGUCAACCAAUGCACAGUAUCCCAUUGGAGUUCCCGAUUUCUACUUGCCACAAGCAACUUAUGGAGAGAAUCACACUUCAAACAUCUCACAGAUGUCUUCGCCUCCUCCGAAUGCGAUUUCGACACAUCAUUCAACGCUCUCCAUCGCACCACCGCCAAGAAUGAUAUCAUCAAUCAUGAACCAUUUGUCAACACAAAUGAAGAAGCGUGAGGAGAGUGGCUGCCUGGACUUCUCUAAAAUUGAAGUCAAUUUGAAGGCCACUGGCAAAGAGUUGGACGACACAAUCUCCUUCGUCAACAAUCUCACCGCACAGUUGGAGUCGGCAAAACAAGGCGUAUCGUAUCAGUAG